AUGAAGCAGCCUAUCUAUCUAUCUAUCUAUCUAUCUAUCUAUCUAUCUAUCUAUCUAUCUCUUUCCACAUGUAUCUAUAUAACUCUUUCUCUAUCUAUCUAUCUAUCUAUCUAUCUAUCUAUCUAUCUAUCUAUCUAUCAUAAAAUGAGGAAAAAAGCAAUCUUUAUCAAUUUCACAUGUUUGAAAAUCAAAAGUUUGGGGACUAGAAUGAGUCGAUAUUCUUUCUUUCUUCCUCCGUUACUUACUUUCUUUCUUUCUUUCUUUCUUUCUUUCUUUCUUUCUUUUGAAUUACCAUAUUCUCCCUCUAUAUUUCUUUUUCUGGAUGCUUCUUGUCAUUAUUCUUUCUUUCUUUCUUUUUUUUUCUUUCUUCCUUCCUUUCUUUCUUUCUUUCUUUCUUUCUUUCUUUCUUUCUUUCUUUCUUUUGAAUUACCAUAUUAUCUCCUCUUUUUCUUUCUUUUGAUGAUUUUUGUUAGUAGUCCUUUUUCUUUCUAUCAUCCUCCAUUCCUUCACUCUCAUUGCUUCUCUAUCGCUUGUCUUUCUUUCUUUCUUUCUUUCUUUCUUUCUUUCUUUUGUAUCACAUAUCAACUUCCUCACCCUCUCUCUCUUGUCUUGUUUCUGCUUACCUUUUUAUCGUUCUUUUUUCUCACUAAUUUCUUUCUUUCUUUCUUUCUUUCUUUUUUUUUUCUUUCUUUUGAAUUACUAUAUUAUCCCCUCUUUUUCUUUCUCUUUAUGAUUUUUGUUAGUAGUCCUUUUCUAUCAUCCUCCAUUCCUUUUCUCUCGUUGCUUCUCUAUCGCUUGUCUUUCUUUCUUUCUUUCUUUCUUUCUUUCUUUCUUUCUUUCUUUCUUUCUUUCUUUUGA